AUGGCUUCCCAAGGAAGUCUGGUGAGCCACCCAACCGGCGGGGAGCCUCCUCCACAGACAGACGACGCCAAUCAACAAAGAAUCCAUUCGCCGACCACAUCACAUGAGACGGACCCUGUCUUCCUCAGUCCCAAUUCACGAUCACCAUCCACUUCUGGCGAUUCUGACAUGCGGAGGAAUUCUCAAAGAAGUCUCGCCGGCCAGACCCAAGCCGCCUCUAACAGCCAUUCGCCUGCUGCUGAUGCCUACGACUCGAUAAUCAGUCCAGAGGUUGCGGGUUCUUUAGGCGUUGCUAGUGACCGCAACAGAGGUUCUGGCGCCGCCUCGAAUACCCUUAGACUCAUUAACCGAAUUCUGACCACUUCGUUCACUGCGGCUCACUCUUUAACAACAUACGCGAUGAGUCCCAAGCACCAAGCGCGAGUCGCUGAAAUGACGCCCGGGGCCCUCAACGACUUGCUGGACGAGAUAGACAUACCACUCCCAGGGUUACAGGCGAAUGAUCACUCGGUACCGGGUGCCGCGAAUGAAUGGUAUAGCUCAUUCCAGAUGAACAUGGAAUCAAAUCGCGACGCUAUGGUGGUGGAAUCACUGCGUGAUCAAGAUAUCGAAAUCAGCUCUCAAGAUGACGGAUAUCCUGGACCUGAAGGGAAUUUGCAGAGGGAUGAAGAAGGGCGAGCACAGGAUGUCCAGAUGGGCGAAGAAGGACAAGUACAGGACGGCCAGAGGGGUGGUGAAACGCAAGGCGGACAGAGGGACGAUGAAAGAGCAGCGGAUGGCCAGAGGGGACAUGGUGAAGGGCGAGCACAGAAUGAACAGAGGGUUGGCGAAGAACGAGCGCAGGACGGACACAGGGACAACGAAAGAGGAGCACAUGAUGACCAGAGGGGUGAUGAAGGACAGGAUGGACAGAGGGGUGGCGAAGGACGAGCGCAGGGCGGACAGAUGGAUGGAGAAGAACUUCCGCAAGAUCGAUGGAGGGAUGAAGAAGAUCGCGAUCGCCCACGGGGUGGUCCCCCUCAGCAGGACCAGGGGGCGGAUCCUCAUGCCGAGUUAUAUGGUCUCAUCCAAGGGUUGGUCGACGAGAUGCGGGCAGAUCGUCAAAUUCUUGUGCAACAAAUUGGUAUCGGGUUUGAAAGAACGGCAGACCUCAUCCAACAGGUUCUAGGACGUCGUGUUGCAGAAGAGACACCAACACCCCCCGCGGCUGGUCGAAGCAAGCGCAGCCAACCAAAGAUUACAGGCAACGCGAAGCGAAGGAGUCCAGACGUAACCCUUCUUGCAUCUCAAGUUAGAAAGUUCUUCACCCUGCUUGUCGGGGAGGAUAACUUGCUACAACCAUCAGUGGGCGCAGAAGAAGCCCAAAACUAUGCCAAUAUGUGGAACGCCCGUAAGGGUAUCAAUGUCCCUCCUUGUUGCGACGAAGACAAUUUCCGAUAUGAUCUCCUUGGGACGCCAAGAAGCCCAUGGAAUCAAUCUGCAGCGCGAGUAUUUGCAGUAGCAUUCCGUCGCUGGGCCCAGGCGGACCUAGACCACACCGCGACUACGGACGCAUUUUUCACUUGGAUCAAGUCCUUGAAGCAAAAUUACAAGAAAUCACAAUUGAACGCCGCCGAGCAAGGUCGCGCUCAGUCCUUGGCACGACGAAAAACUCGCAAGAGAGCGUUGUUUCAUUUACGGCUGGAAGCAGCCCAACAACACCCCCUCCUACAGCGUCAUGUAGACAUCAUGCAGCGUUUGGGACCCGAUGGCAUGUCUAGCGACGAAUCCGAUGUGGAGGAUGGCCGUGGAGGAGAAGACCCAGCUAACCCGACGCGCCCAAUAUUUCGGGUGGUUGCCCCUGGCUGGAGAGCGCGCGAAGUGGGUGAAUGGCUGGAACCCUUCGACUCAAUCCACUUGUUUUCCCGCCGUAACAGCGACGAUCUCCGCGGCCAGUAUCCUCGACUUCGGUUACGCACCUCACGUACGCGUACUGUCGAUCGUACCGCGAGGGCCGUCAAAGACCUCCCCGUCAAUGCCUACGAUCCAGCGUGGCUUGAGCAACAAACCCAGGCCGAUUUCACCGUUCGCGCCACUAAUCAACGUUACGAAUUUCAGCACGACAAUAGGCUGUUCAGGUGA